GAGGAGACGAGGGAGGAGGGUGACCGAGCUUCUCCUUUGCACUCUCACACAGAGCCGCCUCCCUGGAGUCACCCGCCGGCUCACGCCGCGCGCUUUCCUGCUCCGCGGACGCGACUUUGUUCUUUAGGACUCCUGGGACCUGUCAGAAAUCGGGGCUCCGGGACUUGAAACGAGACGUGACUCCGGCCCGCGCGGGCCGCGUGUUGGGGGGCACCGCGGCACUUUCGGGGCGCGUGUGAAGGGAUUAGCUCAUCUCGCCAGCCGCGAGGUGCGAGCGCGCGCCUCCCCGCGCACGCCGGCCCCGCCGCAGCCCCGCAGGAUGACGGGGUGCUGGCGGCCCGCGGCCGUGGCGCGGCCACUGUGGCGGCGGCUGUUCGCGGGGCGCUGAGGGGCGAGCACCCCAACGCGGACCACGCGCCUCUGCACCCCCGGCUGUGUGCCCGGGGCCUCCUGGCUUUUUGUAUUUGGAUUUUUUUUUUCUUUUCUCUCCAGCCGAGAAGACGCGGCUGUGAUCACGAAGGGUCUGCUCCUCUUAAGUCUUCCUCAGAACUCACCUUUUUGUUAGAAGGCUGCUGAUUAAUCCAGUCACAAUGAUCUGGGUUUCAGACCUGGCAAUCUUGUGUGGACAGUAAUGACCGCACGUUUCCGAUUGCCUGCUGGCAGAACCUACAAUGUUCGAGCAUCAGAGUUGGCCCGAGACAGACAGCAUACAGAGGUGGUUUGCAACAUUCUUCUUCUGGAUAACACUGUACAGGCUUUCAGAGUUAAUAAACAUGAUCAGGGGCAAGUUCUGUUGGAUAUAGUCUUCAAGCAUCUUGAUUUGACUGAGCGAGACUAUUUUGGUUUACAGUUGGCUGAUGAUUCCACAGAUAACCCAAGGUGGCUGGAUCCAAACAAACCAAUAAGGAAGCAGCUAAAGAAGCUAUUUUUGUUAAUUUUAGGAGGAUCUCCUUACAGUUUGAACUUUAGAGUCAAAUUCUUUGUAAGUGACCCCAACAAGUUACAAGAAGAGUAUACAAGGUACCAGUAUUUUUUGCAAAUUAAGCAAGACAUUCUUACUGGAAGAUUGUCCUGUCCUUAUAAUACUGCUGCCCUUUUAGCUUCAUUUGCUGUUCAGUCUGAACUUGGAGACUACAAUCAGUCAGAAAACUUGCCAGGCUACCUCUCAGAUUAUUCUUUCAUUCCUAAUCAACCUCAAGAUUUUGAAAAAGAAGUUGCAAAGUUACAUCAGCAGCAUAUUGGCUUAUCUCCUGCAGAAGCAGAAUUUAAUUACCUAAACACAGCACGUACCUUAGAACUCUAUGGAGUUGAAUUCCACUAUGCAAGGGAUCAAAGUAACAAUGAAAUUAUGAUUGGAGUAAUGUCAGGAGGAAUUCUGAUUUACAAGAACAGGAUACGGAUGAAUACCUUUCCGUGGUUGAAGAUUGUCAAAAUUUCUUUUAAAUGCAAACAAUUUUUUAUUCAACUUAGAAAAGAAUUGCAUGAAUCUAGAGAAACCCUGCUGGGAUUUAAUAUGGUGAAUUACAGAGCAUGUAAAAAUCUGUGGAAAGCGUGUGUAGAACAUCACACAUUCUUCCGCUUGGAUAGACCACUUCCACCUCAAAAGAAUUUUUUUGCACAUUAUUUUACCCUGGGUUCCAAAUUCCGGUACUGUGGAAGAACUGAAGUCCAGUCAGUUCAAUAUGGCAAAGAAAAGGCAAAUAAAGACAGGGUAUUUGCAAGAUCUCCAAGUAAGCCUUUGGCACGGAAAUUAAUGGAUUGGGAAGUAGUUAGCAGAAAUUCAUUAUCUGAUGACAGGUUAGAAACACAAAGCCUCCCAUCCCGAUCUCCACCUGGAACUCCCAAUCAUCGGAAUUCUGCAUUCACACAAGAGGGGACUCGAGUCCGGCCGUCUUCAGUUGGUCAUUUGGUAGACCAUGUGGUUCACACAUCCCCCAGUGAUGGUUUUGUAAGUCAGAGAUCUCCAUCAUCAACACAAGCUAAUAGCAUAGUUCUGGAAUCAUCACCAUCACAAGAAACCCCUGAAGAUGGGCAGCCUCCAGCUUUACCACCCAAACAAUCUAAGAAAAACAGUUGGAACCAAAUUCAUUUUUCCCACUCUCAGCAAGAUUUAGUAAACCAUACUAAUGAAACCUUUGAUGUGCCCUCUUCCCCUGAAAAGUCCACUCCUAAUGGUGGCAUUCCAAAUGAUAAUCUUGUUCUUAUCAAAAUGAAACCUGAUGAAAAUGGAAGGUUUGGGUUCAAUGUAAAGGGUGGAUAUGAUCAGAAGAUGCCCGUAAUUGUGUCCCGAGUAGCACCUGGAACACCUGCUGACCUCUGUGUCCCUCGACUGAAUGAAGGAGACCAAGUGAUACUGAUCAAUGGUCGGGACAUUGCAGAACAUACCCAUGAUCAAGUAGUCUUGUUUAUUAAAGCCAGCUGUGAGAGGCAUUCUGGGGAACUCGUGCUUCUAGUUCGGCCUAAUGCUGUAUAUGAUGUAGUGGAAGAAAAAUUAGAAAGUGAGCCAGACUUCCAAUAUAUUCCUGAGAAAGCCCCACUAGAUAGUGUCCAUCAAGAUGACCAUUCCCUGCGAGAGUCAAUGAUCCAGCUAGCUGAGGGGCUUAUCACUGGAACAGUACUGGCACAGUUUGAUCAACUGUAUCGGAAAAAACCUGGAAUGACAAUGUCUUGUGCCAAAUUACCUCAGAACAUUUCCAAAAAUAGAUACAGAGAUAUUUCGCCUUAUGAUGCUACACGGGUCCUCUUAAAAGGUAAUGAAGACUACAUCAAUGCAAACUAUAUAAAUAUGGAAAUUCCUUCUUCGAGUAUUAUAAAUCAGUACAUUGCUUGUCAAGGGCCAUUACCACACACUUGUAAAGAUUUUUGGCAAAUGACUUGGGAACAAGGCUCCUCCAUGGUUGUGAUGUUGACCACACAAGUUGAACGUGGCAGAGUUAAAUGUCACCAGUAUUGGCCAGAACCCACAGGAAGCUCAUCCUAUGGAUGCUAUCAAGUCACCUGCCACUCUGAGGAAGGAAAUCCUGCCUAUAUCUUCAGGAAGAUGACACUGUUUAACCAAGAGAAAAACGAGAGUCGCCAACUCACUCAGCUCCAGUACACAGCCUGGCCUGACCAUGGAGUGCCUGAUGAUUCCAGUGACUUUCUGGACUUCGUUUGUCAUGUGCGGAACAAGAGGGCUGGGAAGGAAGCGCCCAUUGUUGUUCAUUGCAGUGCUGGAAUCGGAAGGACUGGGGUUCUUAUUACAAUGGAAACUGCCAUGUGUCUCAUUGAAUGCAAUCAGCCAAUUUAUCCACUAGACAUUGUAAGAACAAUGAGAGAUCAAAGAGCUAUGAUGAUCCAAACACCUAGUCAGUACAGAUUUGUCUGUGAAGCUAUUUUGAAAGUAUAUGAAGAAGGUUUUGUUAAGCCCUUAACAACAUCAAAUAAAUGAAAAAACAAAGCAGUUGGGAUAAGUAUUGGGAAACUGAUUUUUGUUACAUUCACUGUGCCAUGACACUGCUUGCAGGAAAUGACAUCUCACACAAAAAGUGAAGAACUCAAACAAACUUCGAAAACUUCAGCACUAUUGCACUUUAUGUUUAAAAAAGUCACUCAAAACCUAUAACUCACAUUUUUUUUUUUUUUACUAUUUUCUGCUUUGCUCUGAACAAAUAGUGGAAACUGAAUAUGUUCAGGGUAACUUAUGGAAUUUCGAGGUGGUGCCAUGCAGUCCCCUCUGGUAGAAUUGCCCCAGACAAGGCUCAGAAUUCUCAUCUCUGUUACACAACUGUACCUUGAAAGCAAAAAGGAGUAAACAUCAGGAAUCUGCUCUGGUCUUUCCAGUGGUUCACGUACUUACUCUACUGAUUACCAGAUUUUACUUUUCAAACGUUAGCAAUACCAUUCUCAACAUUAGCCAGUACACUGCCUGCGGAUGCAGCACAUCUUCCCUGACAUCCCAGUAGGGACCUGCUGUGGAGAAGAAAGUGGAACUUGCUGUUCCCAGGAAAUGCUGCACAGUGUCCAUUUACCAGCAUCUUAUAGAAAUUAUAACUAUGAAUCUAUGGAUUUUCUUGGAUUUAAUAAUGUAACUUAUAUUUAUCAUAAGGUUGGCUUAUUCCAAAUCAUGUGAUUUCACAUUCUUGAUGUAAAGGAAUGCAUGUAUCGUGUCUUAACCCCUUAAGUGCCUUGAGAUUCUUUGUCUAAUGAAAAGGCACUCAUUUGACCCCAUAGGAGGUAUGUAUACUGUACAUUCUCAUAGUUUUAUGAAUUUUUAAUAAGUUCACAGUGUAAAAAGACAGCUUCUUAUGUUGAAAGUUAUACAAAGAAGGGUAAGGAAAUUCUGUUUCUUACUCAGUGCUUGCUUGUACUUUGCCACAAAAGGCAGGAUUCUGUGUUCUGCUGAGAGUACAUUCUGCUGCUAUGAAAUUGUUCACAAUCUGUACAUUCCUUUACUGAGGAACAGGGGUUAAAGUUCAGCAGCCUACUGAAAAAGAGGGGUUAUUCUUCAAAUUGCAUAUUUACUUUAUACCCUAACUUAAAAAGUGAUGUCACUUGUACAUGAGAGAUCAACACAUUACCACUCUAAGCUCCAGUUCACAAAGUUCAGUAGUUGGUUUCCUCCGGCUGCAGCUGUGGUGUCGCCCUCCAGUGCUCAUUCCUGUUCCUAUCCGGCUGCUGUUCACACUGCUCUUUCUUGUCACUUUUGUUUGUCCUGGGUUUUCUGUUUUGGUUUUUUGGUGUUUGUUUGUUUGU